AUGGCGGAAGACGAGUGUAGGCGACGCCGGCGUGCCGAUGUGGACAGCAGACCAGGACCAGGACCACAGUGGACGGCGCAUAACCCGAACCAGUUCCAGAGGGGGUACGUUGCCGUCGCGCAUCGGAAUCGGAUGGGGAGAGAACGCGAGCGGGAGCGGGGGCGCGAACACGAACAUGGAAGUGAACGCGAACAUGGACGGGCCGGUCCCAGCCGGGCGUCUUCCAACUUCGGCGCGGAGCACGAUGAAGAAGAGGUCGACGAGCUAGACGUCUCGGACGGCGAGGGCGAGGGCGACGGAGAGAGGAUGGCGCAGAGUCGACCUCACGGCGGACGGCCCGAAUAUGAAGGCGCGGUUCGUUCUGUGCGCUCGAGCCCGCGCAUGCGCGUGCAUCCCCCCUCCCCUUCGAACUCUCCCUCCCUCUCUCCUUCGCCCGCCCUGUCCGCGUUCAGCGGCCCUUCAUCUUCGUCUCAGUCUUCUCAAUCAUCUCAAUCGUCCCAAUCGUCCCAAUCGUCCCAAUCGUCCCAAUCGUCCCAAUCGUCCCAAUCGUCCCAAUCGUCUCAAUCGUCCGACUCGCGCUCAGAACUUGCGUCGCCCUCCGUGUCUCCGAUGGAGACAAAACCAAGAUAUAACCCCUCGAUGGCGUACUCGAGGAGUGUUGCUGAUACGAGGGUGUCUACGGUGUUGCGGCCUGCGUCGGCGUUUGGUUCUAUGCCGGGGGUGGGAGUGGGAGUGGGGAGCGGUGGGAGGAGGUGA